UUUCAUUCCAGUAUGGCGGCUGGUUAGUGGCGGAGCAGCACAAGUUUAUGUAAAUUAUCCGCGUUUGGACUCGGACGCGCUGGAGCACUUUAUUUGCUUUGUAGAAACCGUGGUGGAAGUUUGUGACUCGGUGGAAUUCGCGGUCGAAUCCGAAUUUUGCUGGUGUUGUUGCCGUUGCGACGACUCGGCGUUCCGCGUCUCUUAGCACAGGUAGCUAGGCUAGCUCGUCAUUAGCGCGGCUAGGCUAAAGGCUUCAGCUGUGUGAGUGUCGGGAGGAGAAAGUUCGAUACUUGGAUAAAUAUUGUAAAUAACUGGUGUGUGUGCUGCGGCUGGGAUAACACGCUGUUCUGCAUAUCAAAUAUUGUUUAUAGUCGUGAAUGACGUACUACCUCACAGGCUAACUGGCUUAGCUCUCGAUAUUUAUCAUUAAAUCCAAGUUAGUGCUAGCUAGCUACUUUCAGGCGUUUAAGAGUUUGUCUAGUAGGUAACAUGUCUGUCAGAUUCCCUGCUCGCUAUAUCCGACCUGGCUGAUCAGUUCUAUUCAUCUAAGUAGGAAUAAUUUAGCGUUAUAGUUGUACUUUAGGGUCUGCUUGGUGAUUAAUUUCAAAUAUCCGUGUUGUGUGGGAUGUGGGUGUGUUGCGACUAGAUUUGCAGCAGAUUCUAGUAGGUCAGGUUAGUUCAAUUGGUGUAACUUUAAACCAGAAUCAUUCAGUUGGUUUCUGAGCUUGAUUUGUCAUUUAAAGCAAUCAGUUGAUGCAAAUCGAUUCAUUCUGAGCCAACAGGUUUCCAACGCGAGUCUGAAUCUGAAUUCAUAGCUUGUUAAUAAUAAUAAUAAUAGGCUCUUAUUUAUAGUAGCAUAAAUCUAUUUUUAAAAUUCUUAUUAUGUGGAAUGUGGGUGUGUUGCAACUGUGGAUUUGGUUAGUUUUAUAAUUUCAGGCUACCUAUAGACAUUCAGUUGAUUUCUGAAAUUGUACAGCACCACUUUGUGAGAGUCUAAUCGAUAACCAACUUGAGACAGGUUCAGUUUUGUGAUUGGGCUCAUAUUUCUGGGGGUUAUGAUGUUUAAGGCUCUAUAUUCAUAUUGUGUGGAUGUGUUAUGUAUAUGAAUUCAAAAAGUCAUUCAAGACAGUCAGUUUAUACUGAUUUCCUCUGACGCACCAGGUUAUCCAGCCAGCUAGUCUGUAUAUGUUUAUUUAGGAUUCAUAUUUUGAAAUGAAAUGAAAUGUAAAAAAGGGUCCUGAUUUCUGGGGGAAUUAUUAUAAAGGCGAUGCUUUGUCCUACAACUGUGGAUCUGCAGCCCUACACCGCUUUGGAUUUCAUCUGACAGCAUGCUGGUGGAUCUGCAGGAAGGAUUGUAGUUAAGCCAUUAUGUAGUCCGCGCAUUCACGUUUCUGACCAUGUGCGUUUCUGUUUCCACGUGUUUUACGAUCAAAACGCGUCCUCAGCUUUUUUAUUAAUAAGGAAUAAAAUUGGAAGGUGUGCCGCUCUGGAUCACGAAAACCUGCCUUUCUCCUCUAAUUGGAGUAACACCCUGAAGCCGUCCUCAAUGCCUUCGGCGCUGGCCGUGUUUACCUGCCGCCCGAACUCGCACCCGUUUCAGGAGCGCCACGUCUACCUGGAUGAACCGGUCAAGAUCGGGCGUUCCGUGGCUCGCUGCCGGCCGGCCCAGAAUAACGCGACCUUCGACUGCAAGGUGCUCUCCAGGAACCAUGCGCUCGUCUGGUUUGACCACAAGUCGGGCAAGUUCUACCUUCAGGACACGAAGAGCAGCAAUGGUACCUUUAUCAACAGUCAGCGCCUGAGCCGGGGCUCGGAGGAGAGCCCGCCAUGUGAGGUACUGUCUGGUGACAUCAUCCAGUUUGGAGUGGAUGUGACUGAGAAUACACGCAAAGUAACUCAUGGCUGCAUAGUGUCCUCUAUCAAGCUCUUCCUACCAGAUGGCAUGGAAGCUCGGCGACGAUCGGAUGUCAUUCAAGCACCGCUACCACUGCCUGUUGAUAAGGUUGCUGCAAAUAUGCCUAGUAUGUACUCUCAGGAACUGUUUCAGCUCUCCCAGUAUCUCCAGGAGGCUUUACACAGGGAGCAGAUGCUGGAGCAGAAGUUAGCCACGCUGCAGAGGCUCCUCGCCAGCACACAGGAGGCCUCAGAGAGCAGCUGGCAGGCUUUAAUCGAUGAAGACCGGUUGCUCUCCAGAUUGGAAGUGAUGGGAAACCAGUUGCAGGCUUAUUCUAAAAACCAAACUGAGGAUGGCAUCCGAAAGGAGCUGUUAGCCCUAACAGAGGACAAACUCAAUUAUGAGACCACAGCCAAAGAGUCCCUGAGGCAGGUUCUUCAGGAGAAAAUCGAGGUGGUUAGGAAGCUAUCAGAAGUAGAGAGGACUCUGAGCAACACAGAGGAUGAAUGUACACACCUGAAGGAGAUGAACGAGAGAACCCAGGAGGAGCUCAGAGAGCUGGCCAACAAGUACAAUGGGGCUGUGAAUGAGAUUAAGGAUCUCACUGAUAAGAUUAAGCUGGCCGAGGGUCGACAGGAGGAGCUCACUCAGAAAGGACAGAACGAGAAGAAGGAGCUGCAGCUGCAAAUCGAGGAGAUGGAGGAAAAAGAACAAGCACUUCAAGCUCGCAUCGAAGCACUACAAGCUGAUAAUGACUUCACCAACGAGAGGCUCACUGCUCUUCAAGUCCGCUUAGAACAACUGCAGGAGAAAAGCAUAAAGGAAAACGACAGUUUAGCUGUCAAGCAACUAAAAGGAGCCGUUGACUCUUCCAUUCACAAGCUGUCCAACUUCGACGAAGUCAUUGAUGCACACCUUCAGAACAAUCAAACUGCUGUUGACAACAGUUUCACUAGUCCAGAUAAACUAAAAGAAAAUCAGUUAGAUGCUAAAGAGUCAGAUAUGUCAGACACACUCAGCCCCAGCAAGGACAAGAGCAGUGACGACACUUCAGACGGACAAAUGGACGAGCAGGAGCUAAAUGAAACUCAGAACAGGGUUUCCCUGAUUAAAGAUGAGCUGCAGCGGGCAAACCUGGAGCCUGAAGACACAGAGCAGGUCAUCGACCAGUUGCACCGAGAGCUGCUGGAAGCACAGGAGCUCGCCAACACUGGCAAGCAGAAGUGUCUCGAACUACAGGCCUUACUUGAAGAGGAGCGGAGAACCAACAGGCAGCAAACUGAGGAAUCAGCCAAACAGAUCCAAUACCUACAGAACCAGCUAGCAAAGCUGCAGUCAGACAUGGAGUCCCUGCGUGAGCAGAGGGAGAACACUAUCACUAACACGCGAGAGGAACUCUACAGUGCCCAGGAGGAAGUGGUCAUGCUCCGCCACGCCAUGGAUGCUGCCACUGCGGAGAGGGAGCGCGAGAUCUCUGUCCUACAGAAAGACCUUAGCACGGUCACUACCGAACUCGACAUGUGGAGAAAAUCUGCGUCCCAGUACGAGCUGGAAAUCAACAACCUGCAGGAAAACUUCAAGCUGCAGAGCCAGAACCAGGAGCGAGCCUCACAGCUGCAAGCUAAACUAGAGAACCUACAGGCCGAGUGUUCCAGCCUUCAUGAAGAGUGUAAGUCUCUGCGCUCAGAGAAAGUGGCUCUGCUGGAAAAACUGCAGAAGCUUGAGGUGGAGCUAAGCAGCUCCAGAGAGCAAAGCGCCACGCUGAGCUGCAGCCUGAACGCUCUGGAGAAAACACAAGGUGACCUGGAGAGCAAGCUGGGUUCCAUCCAGGACCAGCACCAGCAGGACGCCAAAAGACUGAAGGUGCAGCUCGCCAAGGCUGAGAGCCACACUGAGAUCCUUCAGAAAGAGUAUGAGGACACUCAGAACCAGCUGUCGGAUCUGCGGCAGAGAUAUAAUCAGUCGGAGCAGGAGAAGCGUUCCAUUAAUGAUGAGCUGGAGCAGUGCAAGGUCAACCUGAAACUGCUGCAGGAGCAGGGCAAGAACACCGGUUGGAUGCCCUGGAUGCCGGUGGUCGCUGUGAUGGUUGCCGUGACAGCAGUUGUGCUGUAUCCCAGUCUGUCUAAGAGCUCCUCCUGAACCAGAGCAUCACAAAGCAGCACAGCUUACCUUCUCUAUCCAAUAUCAUUUUAAUCCUGAGGUCAGGUUUAUUUUAAUCCUGAGGUCAGGUUUAGUUCUGAUUGAUUACCUCUGGUUUUGUGAAUGCUGCCCCAGGGUGUCUAGGCUGUAUAAACUUAAAUGUACAUAUUCUAGAGAAAGAGGGGGUAUAAAUGGUAAUGGUAACUUUUAUUAUAGAUAAAGAAAUAUAUCUGCUUUUGAGUUUGAUGGGAAUCCUGUUGGCCUAAACUAGGCUUUUUUUCCUGGGGUACCAAAUGUUUUUCUGUUCUGUGGUUUGCCAUGUUAGGUGUUAAUGUGGUAUUCCCAAUAGAUGCAAAGCCAAAUGAAUGGUAAACGAUGAGGCACAAUGUGGUAAAGUGCCUGAUUUAACUACUACUAGAUGCGUGUAAACACUCAUGACACAUUUUUGUCCUCAGUGAAGUGCCACUCAUGCUCCACUAAUGUGGUGUUUCAUUCAGAAUCGUCUCUCUGUGCUGUUGUUCUCCGUUCCAGACGACCUGUUUCCACCGUCGCAGCACACUGAGCUCAUUGUUCUCUUGUUGAUUUGUAUUGUGGACUUAAAAACCUUCUGCUCAAGACACUACAGUACUUUAAUGAUAUUGUAAUUUUAAUUUCACUCAGAUGUGAGAUGGCGGGCAGCAUUGGGUUAGAUGUGUUGUAGCGUUUUCUGACGAGCUUUCCUGCCAUUUGACUGUUUUAUUAAGGUUUGGAACAGUUUGGGAUCAAGAAAGCUGCAGUACGUUGUUUCUGUGUACAGACUGUUUGCAGAGAUCUUACUGCCUUAUCUGGAACAUGCAGCUCUAGCUGUCAGGAAAAAAAUAGAUAAAAAAGUCAGAAUUUAAAUAAAGUGCUACUAUUCAUUUACGUAAUGGAAGCACAGAAAUGUCAGAUUUUUUAGGGUGAAAUGAAAGGGAAUGUGGUCCGAUUUAAAAUCUGGAAUUAAGAAAUGAAUCGGAAUUAAAAUGCAGUUUGUGUGGUGUUGGGUUACAUAUUGUCUGCUGCAAUGUAAAUAAACUCGUUCAUUAAACAAAUGCCUAAUCUUGUUCCACGGUGUCAGAAAGUCCUUCUAUUUUGAAAAGCAUAAAUAAAUAAAAAAUCUAAAUGAACUAAUGCAAAGCAUGUUGUAGCACGGAGAGGUUUGCUCUGAAGCUCGUCCUUGAGCGCGCUUUGCUGUGAAGUUCCUUUUUUAUUCACACAUUGCUAGAACGCCUUGCUAAAUAAAAUCUGACCUAGACGUUGUUUUGUAAAUAUGUACGUACGAAUGUAUGUGUGUAAAUGUAUAUAAUAUUCACAAAAUAAAUAUUAGUGACACUGA